AUGAACUCUCCCUUGGAGGCAAUAUUGAACAUAGAGGGAAACACACAGAACCUACAGAGCGACGACAACGAGGAUGAAAGUAGAGAGAAAGAUUGUCAGUGCAUCGCUGGUAGUAAUAUCGGAAAAAAUCCAACCUUAGACAAAGAGCAUACGGGCAAUGCGAGAACUUUUAUACUAAAUUCUUUGGAUAAUGACUACCGAAUAGACUGCUGUGGUUUCCUUUCCUCGUGGACAUUUUACGUUGGAACAACCACAGGAACAUUGUAUGCCCAAGUAUGGCGACCAGAAGGAACCGACUGGAAACUGAUUGGACAAAACACAAUUACAGUUCUAGAUUCAGAUAAAAACGCAUUAAAAACUGAAGCUAUUGAUUCAUCGUCGCAAAUACCAGUACUUUCUAGGGAUUUUAUAGGAUUUAAAUCUUCAAACGGAACAAUCCCCAUGUUUCGUAAGACUAACAUGGGAAAUAGCGGCAAUGAAGACGUACUGUAUACCGACUCUGAAGCAUACAUAGUCAAUAGUGUUGUAACGGGUGCAACCUUUACUACGUAUACAGAAAAGAACAUUGAGUUUAGCAUUCUGGCGGAUUUGGUACCCGGAAAGCCGCCUAGUUUCGGGGCAUCGCCAACGUCUUCGUCCGUUACCGACGACACACCUGUUGGAACAGUACUUGCCACACUAACGGCUACAGACGCUGAUGCCUUAGACACCCUUAACUUAACUUGGACUGGCACGACUCCACCUGCCAACGCCGGCGUGUUCAGUUACAAUGAGAAUACGGGUGACUUGACGACGACUGGUCAGUUGCCAAUAGGAGACACAGACCUUACAUUUUCUGCAACAGAUCUGUGCGGGAAUACGGCCACGCAUGCCUUCAAACUAACGGUUACAAAUUAUCCACCGGUGUUUCAGAAUCUCCCAGACACUACAACUAUAAGUGAAGACAUUGAUGUGGAGACCCAGUUGAAGAUCCUUACAGUUACCGAUGCCUCAUUGGCUGACACGAUCACGUGUGCAAUUAACAAUAUCAAUCCGCCAUUAGGAGAUUUGUACCUGCGAUAUGCUCCCGGAACCUCUAAUUAUGCUGUGUAUUUGAGAGCAAAUGCUGCCCUUGAUUACGAUACAACUCGUCAAUACGACAUCGGAAUCGACUGUAAUGACACUAAAAUCACAGUCUCGGAAACGUUUACCGUAUUCAUCACUAGGAACCAGCAACCAACUAUAACGAACCUUCCCACUGGGUCAAAUUCGAUUGAAAUUCCUGGAUCCACAACAGCUAUUGGUACUAAUAUAUUCACAGUGACCUCGACUGAUCCGGAGAAUGACCAGCUUUAUUAUAACAUGACCUGUACUCCAGCAUGCCCAUUUAAAGUAUUAGACUCUGGAACUAUUCUUGUGGCGAGCAGCUUGGCCACUCUGACAGAGACUGCGUACGAUUUGUUUAUCUAUGUAUACGACGGCAAUACCUUGGUUGGACCAAGAAGUCUUACAGUCAAAAUAUCAGAUGUCAAUACAGCACCAAAUAUCACCAAUCUACCCUCUAGUAUAGUAGUAGCAGAAAACACAGCCCAGUCGACCACACUCUAUACGUUAGAAAAAUCUGACGUCAACAGUCUUGACAGUCACACAUGGACGUAUUCGAUUAGCUCUAAUGGAUCUACCUAUUUUAUCGUAGAUAGUUCGGGCCUUGUGAAGACUACUUCAACCAUCAUCAAUUACGAAACCAUAACCCCAAAGACAUUUUACUUAACGGCUUAUGUUUCCGAUGGGAAAGCAGUUGCAAGUGGUACGCUUACAAUUGUCAUUUCCAAUCUGAACGAGGCUCCAUAUUUCUCAAGGUCUACAUACUCCGUAACAGGAAACGAGGGAGACGCAGGUGAUUCAAUCGGAACACCAGCAUUCGCAGUAACAGAUCCAGAGGGUGAUACUGUUACAUAUACACAAGACUGUCCACAAUUUACCAUGAAUCCCUCAUCAGGGGCGUUAACUUUUACCUCUCUGUACGACAUAGACUCUGGACUUCCUGCUACUGUGACGUGCACCGUCACUGCUUCCGACGGAAGUCUCACCGACACUGCUACUCUCAUAGUGAAUAUCAACAACAUCAACGACAACGACCCAACAUUCGCUAGCAGCGCCUACUCCUUCUUUGUUUCACCAACCUCCAGUGUUGGAACUGUUAUUGCUGCCCUACCAGCAACAGAUGGAGAUAUUGGGAGCUUUGGAGAGAUUACAUACACUAUAGACCAAACUUCAACUGGAGGUACAUAUUUUGGAAUGAAAUCUAACGGAGAGCUAUUUGUUGCAUCAGAUUUAUCUCCCUUUGCGGCGGGAGAUACAAAGGCUAUAAUCAUAACAGCCACAGACGAUGGCGGGAAAACAGAUACGUUGACUGUUACCAUAGUGAUUCCUGGCAUUACCACGGUAGAGGUCUCUAAUACCACCGAUAGGUACAUGACGUUUUUCGAGGACACACGUAAUGUGGCCUGGUUCGUUGUUGCCAUGGCUGUUGUAGCAGGGUUGUUAACUCUGAUCAUGACAUUUAUCGUUCGGUAUGGAGAUUUCUCCUGGAUACCAAGGUCAUGUGAAAAAUUGGCUAAGAAAUGCAAAAGGAAGAGGCGAAUUAAAAUGAAAAGGGAACCUACUAAAAUGUCUUAUGUCGAGCCAUCAAGAUUUCGAACACCAACUUCUUUUACAACCUGGGAUGCUUGGAAAAUGAACGAUCAUACGUUUACUUAAUCCACUGUACAGCCAAUCAACAGAAUUUAACAGUAUCAUUUUUUCAAAUCACUUCAGUCCUGUAU